UAAGCCAGUGUUUGGGAUGUUUCGAGCACAAAGUUAGCCAACGCUAACGUAUUCAGGUGUUUGCUAGUUGCCACCAUAUCUGCUGUGAGACUAUUCAUUCAUCACAGAAGAGUCAAUUGCUCAGAGUGUGAAUUUUCUCUCAACACUGAAUUUGAAAGUUUCUUCAGACAUUAGUCAUGGAAUUGCCACAUAUUGGAGAACACUGCAGUGAAGUGGCUUGCAGACAGCUUGAUUUCUUGCCGUUCACUUGUUCCCACUGCAAAAAGAUAUUUUGCCUGCAGCACCACAAAGUUGCCAACCAUCACUGCACAGAAGCCAGGCUCGUGGACGUUCAGGUUCCGGUGUGUCCACUCUGUGACCAGGCUGUGCCUGCACCGAGAGGACAGCCUCCUGACAUUGCAAUCAGCCAGCACUUGGACAACAACUGUAAAGUUAAGAAAGAAAAGAUUUUCACAAACAAAUGCUGUUAUCGUGGCUGCAAGAAAAAAGAGAUGAUGCCCAUCGAGUGCCGCGACUGUGGUCUGAACUUCUGCUUGUCUCACCGCCACCCAAACGACCACACGUGUUCCAAAGUGCGCCGCAUCAGCAGCACCGCUAACACCUCAGCCCAGGACAACUUUCCCUCACAUGGCUCCUUUCUGCAGUCUCUCAGAGACCAGGCGGCUGCACGCUUCGGACCGAACCCUUUCACUGCCGUCAACAGUAGCUCCUCUCACACCUCGGGGGGCGUCAGUGCUGCUGCUGUAUCCAGGAUACAAGCUGGCAUGAGUGAAGACGAGGCGCUGGCGCGAGCCCUGGCAGAGUCUGAGCAGCAGGUGCGCGUCGCCACGACCACAGCGCCUAGCAGCAGCUCCCCCGCCACGCCUGCUGACGACGACCUUCUGCUGCAGCAGGCGAUCGCCGCCAGCCUGCGCGACACACGCGCUUCACAGCGGCGCUCUAGUCAAGACUGCCGGCUCUUAUAGCACAACGCUCCUAUACUUAUAACUUAUUUAUAACCUCCUCCUCACUCCUUGGCCUUCAUGAACACUGGUAGUUGUAAUCAUUACAAUUAACGUCUUGAUGUUCUAUUACACAAUGAGGUGGUGCAGCUCUAGCUAACUGUAACGGUGAACGCGAUGCCACUAAAUAAUUACUAAUAAUACAAUAAAUAACGGGUCCUUCAGCUACUGAAGUUGCAGUGCCUGCAUGGCCAGACACGCUUACGCUUGGCGCUGCUGUGGCAACAUAGAGCAACAUCUAAUACUUGUAAUUUAUUUACUUAUUAAGUUGAUGUUAUUGCGAUACGGUUUGCAAUUUUGUGCACAGACAUAAAUUUGGGCUUGACAUGACGACCUGUUGGGCGGUUACUGCCUCGUAUUUUAUUAAAAUCUGCUGAGCGUGCGCUUAAAUUCAAUUCUGUUGCGAGUCAGGAUACCACAUGAAUAAGUUUCAAAUUACUGGCUGGAGUUGUUCAAUUAUAAAAAGUUUCGAUUAUGAUUUUUUAUUGUGGAUUCUUUUCUAAUUUUACUAACAACUAUUUGAUGUUUAAGAAGCGAUUAAUAUUUGAAAAUUAUUGCUGCACCACAAUGCCCUUCAUGUUAACUCAUCACUUGGUGCAAUGGAAUUUGUUGUGCCAUUGCAGUGCACUGCACGGCCACUUGUUACCCAUUGCUUCUAUGAAACUAUUCACAGUCAUCUACUACGAAACUACUCGGCGCAUCACCUUGUGCGAGUAUACUAGAAAUUAUCGAAUUUUUUUUUCUGAUUUAAUGUCGUGGGUGUUUUACCCUCGCUCGUUCUGCUGAGUGUUUUUACUGUCUCGCUUCUAUGAACGGAAUAACGCGUGUCUCUGUGCCAGUUUAUUCUUAUUUUAGACGGCUGUUAUACAGUACCGAACUCUGUACUGUAUCUGUAAUUACUGUGUCAACAUGAAAAUGUAACUAUAAUGUUGUUCAUCACUCAUUUGAAUGAAUUAGCUACUAAGAAUAUUUUAUAAAUGGAUAUAUUUUUCAUGGCUCUUAAUGGCUUGUAGAUAUUUAUGCAACAAA